UAACACACAGUUAAUGUGUUAUCAAGUCUUCUUGAGUCUGCUAUUCUCAUCAACACAACACUGUCUGUUAUUCUUCCUUGUUCCAAACCAACAUUAUUCAUCAACCUUAGUUGAAUCAAUGGACAUGGUUAUUGUCUCCGAAGCCAUAUCCUACACCCUUCAAUGCGCCACCACCUUCCUAUCACCCCCAGCAACUCGUCUUUCCUCAGACGACAUUCAACAAUUUGAAGACAAUCUCAAAAGGAUACUCCACAUUGUUCAGAAGGCCAUGCACAGCAACAUCCAGGACCCCUCGGUUCUUUCCCUUUGGUUAAAAAAUGUCAAAGACGUGGUCAACGAUUUGAACGAUUUCAUGGAGGAUCAUCGUCACAACAAGGAGACCGCCGCCACCACGUUAUCUCUCAUCAAAGCCGGCCAAAACAUGGCGCACCGCCACAAAUUCAAGCACCAAAUCAAGGACGCCACCGAGGAGCUCAAACGCCUCUCAAACGAGGCAGAAAACUUGGUCAUCUCUGAAGAAGCUAGGCAGAAUGAGAGAAAGUUGACUCGUAAAAGUGAGGAAUUUGAGUAUGUUGAAGUGGUUGUUAGAGAAAAUCUGAAGAAGGAUAUUGUAGAUCAACUCAUGAAGAUCUUCGUGAACAGCAAUGUUGUUUCUGUUCCUGUGGUUACCAUUGUUGGGGUUGCGGGAAUAGGGAAGACUAAACUUGCUCGUCUCGUUUAUGGGAAUGAGGAAGUCAAAGCUCUCUUUGCGUCACGGAUAUGGAUAAACCUUGAAACAUUCAACGUGGAGUCCAUUGCUACACGUGUUAUGGAAACAACUAACAAGGGUAAGCGCUUUCUUCUUGUGCUUGAUGAUUUGAGAGUCGAGAACGGUGAGGGAUGUCUCCAGAAGCUGCAGGACAGGUUAGCGGAGGCUGGAGUUGGUGGGGCAGUGGUUGUAACUACACGUAGCAAUUUUGUUGCAAAGAAGAUUGCUAAAACUGGCACGGUUAAACUUAAACCCCAUGUUUUGCAAGAGCUUAACGAAGAAGAAUCGUGGUCUCUGUUUCAGAAAAUUCGUGGACCGGGUUCCGGAAAAAUAAACGAAGAUGUGGGACGGAGGGUAGUGAGGGAAUAUUGUGGAGGAAUCCCUAUGAAGAUAAUAGCCAUAGCAAGGUUGUUAGAAGAUCUUGAUUCUCCAGUUCCAGAAAUUGAGUUGAAGAAGAAAUUUCUGCGAGAGAUAAGGUUUACUUAUUACGACGAACUUUCCCCGCAACAAAAGCUAUGUUUUGCUUAUUGUUCGUUGUUUCCUCAAGAACACGAGAUAGACGCUGGGAGAUUGAUUCGUCUCUGGAUGGCAGAAGGAUUUCUCUGGCGGAACUUAUAUUCCGAUCCACAAGAAUUUGGGUUAGCGUGUUUCAACGACUUUGUUCCUUUUGUUUUCCAGGAAACGGGGAGUGACGAAUUUGGUGUUGUGAAGCGGUACAAGAUGAACCGUUUAAUGCAUGAACUGGCAAGAACUGUGGCCUGGGAUGAGAAUAUCAUAGUGGACUCGGGAGAGGUUGAAGUUCACGAGAGAGUGGUGCGAUCCUCGUUUCAUUUUGCGUUGGAUGUUCAGUGUGGAAUCCCAAAGGCUUUGUUCGAGAAUGCGAAGAAACUGAGGAGCAUUCUCUUGCUGGGGAAGACUAACAAAUCGAGGCUUCCACACGAAGUGAAGAUGACCAUAUCAACUUGUGAAAAGAUCUUGGAAACUUUCAAGUGUUUGCGAGUGCUGGAUUUCCAUGACUUGGGGAUCAAGAUGGUUCCGAGCUCUAUUGGGGAACUGAAGUACUUGAGGCUUCUCGACCUGUCCCAUAACAACAUUAAGAAGCUUCCCAGUUCAAUCACCAAGCUUUUCCACUUGCAAACAUUGAAACUUUCCCAAUGUCAUGUUCUCGAAGAACUGCCAAAAGACUUGGAGAAUCUGAGUUCCCUCAUCCAUCUUUACUUAGAGGGGUGCCUUGAUCUCACUCACAUGCCUCGCGGGAUAGGUAAGCUGAGUUUUCUGCAGACAUUGUCACUUUUUGUGGUUGGCAAGAACUACCAAGUGGGAGGUCUUAGGGAACUCACAGAUCUUGAUGGCCUCAGAGGACACUUGGAAAUUUUGCAUCUGGAGCAAUUGAAUUUUUCUGCACCAUUGGAAGCCAAAGACAAGUAUUUGAGAGAAAAAAAGCACCUUCGUUGUUUGACUUUAAGAUGGGAUCAUGAGGAGAAAGAGGAGGAAGAUGAGAAGAAAAGGAAUGUCAUUGCUGAAAAAGACAAGGAAUCACUGGAAUGUCUUGAUCCAAAUCCAAAUCUGGCAGUGUUAUCCGUAGUUGGGUAUUACGGUAAAACGUUUUCUAAUUGGCUUUCUUCGAUUAAAUGCCUUGUUAAGUUUAGCCUAAAUGAUUGUUACAAUUGCCAAUAUCUCCCAGCAUUGGAUCACCUCCAACACCUCAGGGUUCUCGAGCUAAGGAGAUUGGACUCCCUUAAAUACGUUUCAAAAAACAGUGACCAAGUUAGUGCUGACACUGAAGCCUCCUCUUCCUCCUCUAGUACACCAUUUUUUCCAUCGUUAAAGGAACUCACAAUCUCUGAUUGCCCGAAACUGCAAAGCUGGUGGGAAACAGCAAAGUGGGAACCCAACAGACCAUUCUUUACUCGCAUUUCUAAACUUGACGUACAAUGCUGCCCUGAGUUGCAUUGCAUGCCUUUGUACCCUUAUCUGGAUGAAGAAUUGGUGGUUGUGGAUUCAAGCGUAAAGUCAAUGAGGGAUACAGUGCAUGCUAGUAUUUCAGCGGACUUCCUUCCUUUUUCCAAAUUGAAGACCAUGCUAAUUGCCCGUAUUACACAAACUCCACCUGAGAGAUGGCUUAAAAACUUCAUUUCCCUUAAGACCCUUCAAAUUCGUGAUUGCUCUAAGUUACUGUAUCUACCACAAGGUUUCAAGUCUUUGAGCUCACUCGAGAGUCUUACCAUUGAGAGAUGUGCGGAACUUGAUCUUGACAGAUCAAAGACUGAAUGGGAGGGUCUGAAACGUCUACGUUUUCUGAUCAUAAAGGAAAUUCCGAAGCUCAAAUCCCUUCCAUGGGGUGUUGAGGAUGUUACCUCUUUGGAAGAGCUGGAGCUUCAUGAAUGCCCUGCCUUGCUUAAUCUACCCGAAACCAUAGCCAACCUCACUUCGCUUACAAAAAUAGUGAUUUGUAAAUGUGGAGAGUUGGAUUCGCUGCCAAAAGGAUUAGGAAAGAUCGAGUCUUUACAUACCUUGGCCAUUACGGACUGUCCUCUGUUAACACCAAGGUGUCAACCUGAAACAGGGGAUGAUUGGCCACAAAUUGGUCAUAUCAGAAAUAUCAUUCUGAAGCAAAGUUCUCAAGACUUGAGGGAUUUAUGGAGUCAUGGAAGAAUUGGUAAAGGAAGAUAUUUCUAAUGUUUAAAUGCGAAGAUUGGUUAACAAGAAGAUAUCCAUUCAUAACAGAUCUUGUAUAUGCUCACUCACAAAUCCUUCUUAUUCAACUUUGGCUCAAUUGAAUCCAUAUCACUGAAUUCUUCUUCUUUCCAAUUCUCUCUUUCUUUGUGUGAAAUGUCCACAUUUUUAUGGUUAACAUUUUUCAACUUAAUCUUAUCUGGUGCUUACACUGCA